UUGAAUGUGUAGGCUACUUUAACGGUUCGGGCGAGUGACAGUAGGUGUGUCCAGGUAUCAUUUCCUGUGUCGCUCAGGCUGUGUUUAAUCGGACUUUUGAAUCAGUAGCCUACCACAGGAACUCUCAAUGGCGUCAACCGGACAGCAAAAAGAAGUGAAAAUGAUUUCAGAACGGUCCAACCAAGUACUUCUCCAGUAUGAAAGCCUCCAAAGAGAACAUGAGAAAAUCAAAAAGGAGUGUAAAAAAAUGCAAGUGGAGAGAGAUGAGGCCUUACGGAAGUUGAAAGAAUUUGAACAAGUGUCACACAGGGUAAUAGAGGAGGUGAACAACAUUCAGGAGAAUCUAGAGAUCGAGAAGACAUGCAGAGAGAGUGUGGAAGCUUUGGCUUCUAAGUUGAAUAAACAGAACCGUUCUUUGAAGAGGAAGAGUAUGCUCUAUAUAUCCCGUCUUGGUGCCAAUGUCAUCGCUGACAUCAAUCUUGAUGAUGAGGAUGAAGAAGACCCACAGGAGGAGGAGUCAGGUGUCUGCAGCUCCUCCCACUGUCAGAUUGUCAUCACAGAGCUGAGAGAUAAAUUGGAGGUGAUCCUGGCUGAGAAGAAACAGAUUUUGAUCGAUCUGGAGACAACAAGAGAGCAGCUCUGCCAAACUAGACAGCAGCUCCUGAAAGAGAAACAUGAUAAUACUGUUUUAAUAGCUGAAACAUUCCAACAAAAGAAGCUCUUGGGAAAAUACAACAGAGUUUCUAAGUAUGCUCUAGAUGAGUUUGAGGCCUUACAGGACGAUCUAAAGCUUGAGAGGGACCUGCGUUCUGAAGCAGAGAAGUUUGCACAUGAGAUGCUAGUAGAACAGAAGAAGCUGAAAAGACAAAGCCAGAUGUUGAUCCAGAAUGUUUCUCCAGCAGAAGCUCUGCAGAAAGCUCUGGCAGAGAUCAACACACUGACACACACUCUAGAGACGCAGAGAUUUGAGCAUCAACAGCAGGUAAAAGCGCUUGAAGAACAGAUACACGGCAGUGAAUUAAAGAAGCAGCUGACAGUGUUACUGAGACAGACAGAAUUGCUGGAGGAGGAGAGAAAAGAGUGGCAGCACAAACACACUAAGGCUGAAACUGAAGCCAAAGACCUCAGAUUCACAGUGGAGGAGCUUAAAAAGAAGCUCCAGCAGAUCUCCAACCCACCAGCAGCUGCCCCAGCACCCCCUCCGCCUCCCCCACCUCCUCCGCCUCCGCCUCCACCCCCUGCCCCCUCAAGCAACCCACUCAGCUCAUUACUCUCUAUACUUCGUAAGAAAAAAAAUGUGAGCGCUGAAAUUGCAUUAGUGGAGAAAGACUCCUCUGAGAAAAUCCCAGAGAAGGACAUCAAACAGCAAGCCGUGGAUGAGAUGAUGCAGCGAAUCAAAAAUGGAGUUCAACUCCGACGGGUUUGCCAGACAACCAGCAAAACCAGACUUGGACAGGUUUCCCUGCAGAAAGAACGGACACCAUCAAAUUCUGCCAUACAGGAACUUCAGGGAAUCCUGACCUCCGCCAAGCGCCCUGGCCCCUCCUCCUCGCAUGGGACACGCCCUCCAUCACCAUCUCCGAAGUCUGAGCUAGAGAAAGCCCUGCACAAACGGAGGGAAGCAUUGAAGACUGCAAAGAAUAACUCAAAUCCCAGUAGUGUUUUGGAUCUGACCCAGAUUGAGCAAACCCAGCCAGAACCAGGGCAGGACACAAGGGAACAGGACACACCACUACACACACCAACCACAAUAUGCACUGACCUUCUCAAGCCCUCAUAGGAGCUCAUAGGUUGUAAAUCUGAAGCACAAGGAAUGGAAAAGACCUCAGGAAGAGAAAUAUUGACAAACACAUUUAAUUAAAUUAGUUUUGUGGGCAUACUUUGACCUCUAUCACAAUAAUUAUAUGGUAUAUAUAUGUGGAAAUUUUUACUGAAAAAUAUUAAAAUAUAUUUAAAAACAAUGGGUGGGCUUUAUUUAAAAAAAAACAUGUUUAUUUAAUAGUGUUCGUUUUUCAAAAAUGUAUACACCAUCUAUUAGCUCUAAAAUAUCACACAAGAAUAUAUUUUUGCUAGAUGAGGUGGGUCAUUUUACAAUCUUGCGCCUAAAAAUACAUU